UGUAAACAAAAUUGCAAACAACAUGGAAAUCUUUUAUUUCUUUUAUUCUGCUGUCUGACAUCAGAAUUUUUUAUUUGAUGGAGAAGUAAUACCUAUCAAACAAAUGUAAUGAGAGUAAUGUAUUCAUUGUCUUAAAACAACAUAAUACAUUACAACAGACUGGGAAAUAAUUCAAUACUUAUCUAAGUUUGCAUUUGAUGAAGUAUAAGCAGAUGUUCAUUAAUGUUAUGUGAAAUAUACCAACACCUUUAGCCUUGUAGGACUGCCAAUACUUGAAACAAUUGAAAGAGCACUUACUAAUUCCCUAUUUAAUAUCAACUUCAUAUCUAGCUUUGUUUUUACGAAUUUGAACCAUAUGGUCUAUUGGAAAGUCUAAAAACCAAAGUGCAAGUUGAACAGAGGAAUGCAUCCAUCCUUUGUUUCAAUGUCAUAACACAAAAUAUUUAAAUUAUAAUAGUCAAAUGUUGGCUUUCCUACAAAAUAAACCGACAUAUAAGUCAAACGUGACGAGAAUACUUCAACAAAAACAUUUCUCCAUUUCAAGGUCACACGAUGGAUAUUACUGAACCACGUGACCUGUAUUUCAACUGUCCUUAUGUUUCGUAUUUUCAUUAACACACUACCAUACUUUCAAGAAUUUAAAUCAUUAAAACUUUCUUAAACCUUUUGUAAGUGGGCUUCGAUAACUUGGACGAUCUGUGGUGCAUACUGCUUGUGAUCUUCUGCCAGCAUCGUCAGCAUGUUGAUUAGCGGCUUGCUGUUGCAAUUUAGGUCAGCCAGUGACGAUCUGUACUCUUCUACUGCCUCUGUCGCCAUCUUUUAAUCUGUCUUCCCGUUCUUUGGACUUUUGUGUGCCUGUAUGGCAAUUAAACAAAGUUAUAUUUACAUCCACAUAGUGGUAAACUAACAAAAGGUUGUGACUAAAAUAUCUUUGGCACAAAAAUGGCGUCCUCCUCGAAGUAAUGUUAAAUCGAGGUUAAAACGUUUCCCCAACGCUAUCUGUUUCCUCACUUGCCAUUGGUUCGAAUGUAGACAGACUUUACAAAGAUUAAUUCGACCUCACUUGGGAUUGACCAAUGAAUGCAAAGAAAACAAAUAGUGUUUUGAAAAAAAAAUUGAGGUUUACUAAAUAAUGAUAGAAACAUUUUCUGUCGUCAUUCAUUUAGAUCUACAUUUUCAGACUUUGACUCAAGAAACAUAUCGCCUGAAGACGUCUAACCACAUCGAGUUGCAUUUUGAAAACGCCCAAGCUGGUCUGUCAAUGCGUGACGUCAUGUUCUAUUUUUAGCUCGCAGUGCUGAGGUCAGAUUUGUUGUGAACAGUGUGUUGACACUCCGAAAAUAAACUUGCAGCCGGACAUCCUACCUUUAUACUUAUAUUGACCAGCGUCCUGCCACCGUGGAUUUUACAACUGCAUGGAUCAUACACGGAGCUGACUCAUAUGUCAACCCUUUCUUGAAGGAUAUAAGAGAGUUGUUACCAACAAACAGUCAAAAUUCAAGAAAAGAUUGGUAAAGCACCAUGAAAGCAUAGCGGCACAAAGUCUUGUGGAGAACGCCGAUAAAACUGCUGUGAUUUACAAGAUCCCAAUGUCUUGGCCAGUGUCCACAUAGCUUUAAGGAAUGGAAGACUACAAAUACCUGUUUAAGGUAGUACUCAUUGGCAAUGCUGGAGUUGGAAAGACAUGUUUGGUCAGACGGUUUACUCAGGGCCUUUUCCCUCCAGGACAGGGUGCCACCAUUGGCGUAGAUUUUAUGAUCAAGACUGUGGAAGUUGAUGGAGACAAGGUCAAGCUUCAGAUCUGGGACACUGCAGGCCAGGAGAGGUUCCGCUGUAUAACCCAGAGCUACUACCGCUCUGCCAACGCUCUCAUACUGGUCUAUGAUAUCACAUGCCAACCCACAUUUGACUGUCUUCCAAACUGGAUUAAAGAAAUUGAUACCUACGCAAGCUCAAAAGUAUUGACAUAUCUUGUAGGUAACAAAAGUGACAGACUUUUACACAGAGAAAUCCCUGCAGAAAUCGGCGAACAUUUUGCCAAGCAACACAGUAUGCGAUACUUAGAGACCUCCGCCAAGGAGGCAGAAAAUGUGGACAGACUUUUUACAGAAAUUGCUGUGGAGCUCACAAAGCAAGCAAAGGAAAACUUCUUACGCCCAAGACAAGACAGUACCUCUGGUAAAGUGGGAAUGCCUAACGGAGGUUCUUCCCCUGUAGGAGGGCUCUCCUGCUGCAAAUUAAAUUAAUUAGGUUUAAUUUAGUUAUACUGAUGCUGUGACUGUCCAUGAAGCUAUGAGUCUUGGGGGGGGGGGGGAUUUCUGCAAAGAGGACCUAGAGUUAAAAUGUGAGCAUCACACUACAGAUAAUGAUACAGAACGUGGGAGGCAAGCAUGGAGAGAACUCUCUUCCGUCAUGUCACAGGCUGCUUAUAUGCCUAAAGGGGUGGGGUGAGGGGUAGCAUCCUAUGUGAGUGGCUUUUUGUAUAUUUUGUGAAUAUUUGUUCCACAUUCUACAUGUGCUAGUAUGUGAAUCCUGUGGUACAUGUAUUAAUGUGUACAUGUUGUAUGGCUUUUUACCAUAUUUUAGGACGUAAAGUUACCACAUAUUUCUACAGUGGUAUGAUAUCAAUACAGCAGAUAGGUAGAUAUAUGCUGCUGGUAUGGCGAACAGAACAGAACAGGUUGUUUCAGGUGGAAUAACUGUGUUCAUUGUCGCGAAGGCAUUUAUAUAUGAUGAAAAGCCUCUUGUCAAUUGUGUGAGGAGAAAGAUUUGUAGUCCAUAGAGUGUUAUAAGAAUUCAAAUUUCUUUUAACAGUUUUAGGAGAAUUAUCAAGGGGUUAAGAAUUUUAAAAUUACUUUUAGGCAUUUAAUAAGAAAAUGUUCAUAAAGAGAGGAAAAAGACACCAACCCCAAAACUUUUAAAGGGAUGACCUUGUUGGGAGGGGUAGGGGUGGAGUCUGAAAUCAUGGUCCCAUGUACACCAACUUCAUAAACUUUUUCUUCACAUCAAACAUUUGUUACAUUUAUUUACAGAACCUAUAGCAUCACUUCAGUAGUAAAAGCUCCAGCAAUGUUUAAAACGUGGUAAUGAUAACUCUCAGCCAAUUUUAACAAUUGUGAUGCUUAUUAUAAUACAGGGAAAAUUAGAUCAUGAGGGUAGAUGAUAUCAUGCAGGUUUUAGUUAUUUCCACUCCAGCCAUCUUUACAAGUGGAGAUCUGUGAUAAGUUAUAUUGUGUAGCUUUCUGUCAAGGUGCUUUUAUUUACUGUAUGGAAACCAUUUUAAUUGGGUGUCUGUUGCUUACAUAUAUCUGAUAGACAGUAAAGUAUUCAGAAUCUCCUCUCGGUACUUGUCAGAUAAACUUCGCACAAUCAUGCAGAAUCUGUUCUAUGUUUUGGAUAUAUAUAUAUAUAUAUAUAUAUAUAUAUAUAUAUAUAUAUAUAUAUAGUCAUUGGGGUUGAGGCAGAAAGGCAUCUGCUUUUGCUGUGAUUUUUCAAAAUCAGAAUUUUUGAGAAAACUGACAGAGACAGAGUGCACCAGAACCUCCUUCUGCCAGGAUGGUUUGUCUUUUUCAAUAUUUAUCCCCAGAGUAAAGGCCGAAGCAUGGGGUCUCUAUAUAGGUCAAAUAAGUAGUGUAAUUCUUUAAUUGUUUAUCAAUUUGAAAAACAUAUGUCAAUUAUUAAUUGUCUAGAAAAACAUUUUUUUAAUUGAAACCCUUGUCAAUGAUCUCUGCAAAAUGUUUUCUAUGGUUUGUUCAUGUAUUAUUUACCUCAUUGUAACAAAAUGAUAACAGUUUGAGUACUAUAUGUUCAAGAGACUUCAAACACGUAAUAUUUACAUGGCUUUUCAUGUAUUUUUAUUACAGGUUAUAACACAUUCAAUUUCAUGGUCUAUAUGUUUCGAGGGAUAAAUCUUAAUGCCUGUUAUUGCCUGUAUGAUUUAACAGUGGCAUGCUGCUUCCAACCAGAACUAUCAGUCUUCAGUUUUAGAACUUGAUGAAACUUAUUGUUGCUUAUACAGUAUUUUUGUGCCAUGUUCUUUAUUAAGUGUUUGUAAAAUGCUGCAGGAGCAGAAAAAUUUGUGCAAGUCAGUUUUUAGUUUGCAUAUUGACAUAGUGGAAAAAUAGUGGUUUUGCUUAAUUGAUCUUGGAAAAACUUUAUUUCUUACAUGCAUUUUUGUUUUGGACAUGGACCAAUUUGACUUAAGACUGGUUUGGUUAGAGAUUUAUAGCUUGUUGGAUAAACAAACAGGCUGCAUUAAACACACAACACCCUGUGUUGAAUGAUUUUUGUGGAGUUUCCUACACAUAUGGUUGGUAGGCCUGAGUUAUUGUUGUUAGUCUAUAACUGGGGCUAACAGGUCUUUUGCCUGCUCCCAAAUUUGGAAUCAUUCUCUACCCACUGUCAGAACUAAGGGACUGAAUUGGACAUGCUCUGUAGGCAAAAAAGAGUCUUGAGAGUGAGCUUUCUAUUUUUGUUAAUGCAAACAAUUUUUGUGCUAGUUUGGAGUGCAAUAUGUUUUAUUUUUGUGCUUUGUUUUUGAUUUAUAUAUGCGGAGUUGAUUUCAUUUAUAUUCAUAUAUAAAUUGUGACAGAUUUAUCGAACACCAGAAAAUGGUCAGGUUUAAAAUGAGCAUUAUGGGUUCUAUUCAUUUCGAGUUAUUACGUAAUGUGAGUCUCUUACUAUUUGAAAAGAAAAAUAUGAUAAAAUGAUAAUAUUAACAUUACAAGGUGCAAGCUCAUCGUGCUAGCUUCAUAGCCAAGUUAUGGACAUCCCUAAGAAGGGACAUUUGCCAUGUGUUGCUGGACAUGUAGGAGUCACAAUGCCAGUCAUAUCUCUUAUUUUUUUAUGCUUCAGGCUGUUUUGAAAUGUUAGACAUAUUUGUACUGUAAGUUUUUAAACAUGUAUUUUUUCUUUGCAUAUAUAUGUAAACGAUUUUACUUGCUAGCAUAUCUGUACGUUUAUGUGAAGGUUUUAGAUAAGUUUGUACCAUUUGUUAUUGAUGAUUUAUAAACUGAUGAUAUUUAUUGUUGCUUUACAAUGUAAAA